GCGGCUGAGGCGCGGCGGCGGCGCUAGCGGGGAUUGAGGGAGACUCUCGUCGUCGUCGUCCUGCUCAGCCAUGGCGGAGAGAGGGGCGCUCGGCGGCCAGCGGGGCUCGCUCACUCCUUCGCUGCACCAGCCGGCAUCCAGCGCCUCAGCCUCUUCGGCGUCCCCGGCUGCACAGAGCGUUUCGGGGCAGCCUCCGCCGCCGACGGCGGUGCUACAGCAGCAGCAGCUGGCGCCUCCUCCUGCUCCUCCGGCGGCGGCGGCGCCUUCGUUGUCUCAGCCGGCCGCUCUCGGCCCCGGAGGAGGCUCUCUGGCCCCGGGGGGAGGCGGCUCGGGGGCUCCCGGGUCAGGCACGGCGGCGGCGGCGACGGCAGGGGGGCGCCCGGUCCAGAUGAACCUUUACGCCACCUGGGAGGUGGACCGGAGCUCGCCCAGCUGCGUGCCCAGAUUGUUCAGCUUGACCUUGAAAAAGCUAAUCAUGCUGAAAGAGAUGGACAAAGAUCUAAAUUCUGUGGUGAUUGCAGUGAAACUGCAGGGCUCAAAGAGGAUUCUGAGGUCCAACGAGAUUGUCUUACCUGUCAGUGGACUUGUGGAAACAGAGCUUCAGUUGACUUUCUCCUUGCAGUAUCCCCACUUCCUGAAGCGAGAUGCCAACAAGCUGCAGAUCAUGUUGCAGCGAAGGAAACGGUACAAAAACAGGACCAUUUUGGGCUACAAAACUCUAGCUGUUGGCCUUAUUAACAUGGCUGAGGUUAUGCAGCAUCCAAGUGAAGGAGCCCUGGUGCUGGGACUCCACAGUAAUGUGAAAGAUGUUUCUGUCCCUGUUGCUGAAAUUAAAAUCUAUUCCCUGUCCAGCCAACCAAUAGACCAUGAAGGACUAAAAUCAAAAUUAUCCGAUCGCUCUCCUGACAUUGACAACUAUUCAGAGGAGGAAGAGGAGAGCUUCUCUUCUGAACAGGAGGGGAGUGAUGACCCCCUACAUGGACAGGAUUUGUUUUAUGAAGAGGAUGACCUUAGGAAGGUGAAAAAGACUAGGAGGAAACUGACCUCAGCUUCUGCAAUUACUCGGCAGCCAAAUAUUAAGCAGAAGUUUGUGGCUUUACUGAAGCGGUUCAAGGUAUCGGAUGAGGUCGGCUUUGGACUGGAACAUGUCUCCAGGGAACAGAUCCGGGAGGUAGAAGAGGAUCUGGAUGAGCUCUAUGAUAGCUUGGAGAUGUACAACCCCAGUGACAGUGGCCCUGAGAUGGAAGAUACAGAGAGCAUCCUCAGCACACCAAAGCCAAAACUCAAGCCUUUCUUUGAGGGAAUGUCACAGUCAAGCUCCCAGACUGAAAUUGGAAGCCUUAACAGCAAAGGGAGCCUCAACAAGGAUGCCACCAGCCCAAUGGACGCAUCCAUGGGGGACAAACUGAAACCUGCCCGGAAUAAAAAUGCAGAUGACAGUUUCAACGAAGGAGACACACUGGAAGGAAACGGUCAGGAUACAUUUGGAGACUCAACCACCACCUUGGUCAUCCCAGAAAAAGUCAAGACACCUAUGAAGACCAGCAAAGGAGAUCUUCAGAGCAUGGCAUCACCUAGCAAAAUGGACAGUGCUGCACACACGCCCCGGCAGAAACGCAGCACCCCACUCAAAGAGCGUCAGCUUUCAAAACCCCUCAGUGAAAGAACCAACAGUUCGGACAGUGAAAGGUCACCAGAUCUGGGUCAUAGUACACAGAUUCCUCGCAAGAUUGUUUAUGAUCAGCUGAAUCAAAUCUUAGUGUCAGACUCAGCCCUGCCAGAAAACAUCAUCCUAGUGAAUACUAUUGACUGGCAAGGCCAGUAUGUAGCUGAUCUCCUUCAGGACCAGAAGAAGCCAGUUGUUUGCACAUGCUCCACAAUUGAAGUGCAAGCUGUCCUCUCUGCAAUCCUCACGAGGAUCCAGCGAUACUGCAACUGUAAUUCCUCCAUGCCACGUCCUGUGAAGGUGGUGUCUAUCGGGGGCCAGAGUUAUCUCAGCUCCAUCUUGAGGUUUUUUGUGAAGCAAUUGGCAAACAAGACAUCAGACUGGCUGAGCUAUAUGAAGUUUCUCAUCAUCCCACUAGGUUCUCACCCAGUAGCCAAGUACAUGGGCUCUGUGGAUAGCAGAUACAGUGGCAUGUUUCUGGAUGCCACCUGGCGAGAACUCUUCAGCAAAUCUGAGCCACCUAUGACAGAGCCUUUUGAUGUGGUUGGCCGGAUCAUGCAGUAUGUCAGUGGAGCAAAUGUGACCCACCAGCUGCCUGUGGCCGAGGCCAUGCUGACCUGCAAACACAAAUUCCAAGAUGAAGAUUCUUACCAGAAGUUCAUCCCUUUCAUUGGGGUGGUUAAAGUGGGCCUCAUUGAAGACUCGCCUGCGGCUACAGGAGAGGGAGAUGAUUCUCCCAUCAUCAGCCUCACAGUUCCCUCCACUUCUCCCCCUUCUUCCUCUGGGCUUUCCAGGGACGUCACUGCCACCCCUCCAUCAUCUCCCUCUAUGACUAGUGGACUGGCUGUCAUGGGGUCCCCCAAUAGCCCUUAUGGCGAUGUCAUUGGGUUGCAGGUGGAUUAUUGGCUAGUUCAGGCCACGGAAAAAAAGAAGGAAGGGGAGAAAAAGGACGCCAGCUCCAAAAAUACACUCAAGAGUGUCUUCCGCUCGGUGCAGGUGUCACGGCUUCCAAACAGUGGGGAAACCCAGUUGUCUGGGACCAUGGCCAUGACUGUUGUCACCAAAGAGAAGAAUAAGAAAGUUCCCACAAUUUUUCUGAGCAAGAAACCCAAAGAGAGAGAAGUAGAUUCCAAGAGCCAAAUGAUUGAUGGAAUCAGCCGGCUGAUCUGCUCUGCAAAACAGCAGCAAACUAUGCUGAAAGUUUCCAUUGAUGGUGUGGAGUGGAGUGACAUCAAGUUUUUCCAGCUAGCUGCCCAGUGGCCAACCCAUGUGAAGCACUUCCCUGUCGGACUCUUUGGCUCGAAACCGGCCUGAUGAUGACAACACGGUGGUCCCUCCUGUGUCCUCAUCACUCUGCUGCAAUGCGGCAUCACCUCUGUCCAAACCAUCUGCCAAAUCAGAGCUGUCCUGUGGUAACUUCACCCAUGUUGCAUUACUGUGUGUUGAUCUGGUCUCGCCAGGGAGGGACCAGCCUCUGGUGCCAAGAGAGAUGCUACAUUUUUGUCUCCAGCCAAGGAGCCACCCGCCAAUUGCUUUCUCAUAUUUUUCUGCCACAUCGUGUCGUGGGUGUCCAGCCUCCAUCUGUGCUGAGUGCAUUGCAUUUUGGGAAUGAAUCCCAAAAUAUUUGGAUUCUACUGGUUUCCCAUCACUCCUGGCGCACACUCCUUCUCUGAGCUGGCAUGCCUGUGUCUUCCUGAAGAAUGUGUUUGAGAACUUGUGGUCCACAAAACUUCGCCUUUAACAAUAUUGUUCUUUUUUACAUUUUAGCUUUUGCUGAGCCAACCGAGAGCUUUACUGAGCACCCGCUCUCAAAGUUCUCCUUUUCAACCUCAGCCUUUCCAAAAGCACAAAGCUUGCAAAGCCCACAUUGGCUGUUGUGUUAGCAACCAAACUCAACCCCAUCUGGUUCUUGCCAUUAGCAGGCAAGGCCCUUUCUCCUGCCUCCAACCCAUCCUGUGUCACGUUGCUAGGUCAAACAUGCCAGGUUGGUGGAAGGAGCCUCCGCAUUCUUGCGCGGUUGCCACUCCUUGCAAAGAUGAGGAGCAGAAAGGUCAGCUGUAGGGAGCUAGAAGCAGACACUUUUCUUCAACAGGCACACCCACUGCGCUCCUGUGGCUGUGUCCCUUCCCUCUUUCAUGUUUGUACUGCUCUUUUCUUACACUUCCCCUCCUCAUCUCACCUUCAAAGUGUUUUUUUUUAAAGAACUUAGGUCACUGUUUACCUAAGAUACAUUUCCAUUUCUUUGUAAGACUCCACUUGCUAGUGUGGCAUCACAGUGCAGUGAGGGGUGGGGAAGGUUGUCCACCAUACUGAAGAGUUGGAUAACUUCAUUAGACAGCCUGUCCUGAAACUCACCCUGUUCAUCUGUGUUUGGCAACAGUUCUGAGAGGGGUGUACUCCCAGCCACAUGCCACAGUCAAGAGGAGAAGCUACACCUUGUCCCUCUGCCCUCUUUCUGGCUCCUGAGCCUGCCUUGUGGUGUGGUGCAUCUCAGCACAAAGAGAUACUUGGGGGGGGGCUGCUUAGCCAUCUGUGCAGUCUACUUGUCACAGCCAUUUAUAAGGCAUGGUUGGGAUCCCAGCAGCAUUCCUUCCCUUUUGGCAUUUCAGUUUUGGGGUUUUGAUUUGAAGUAGCCCCAUGUUACAGAGCCUCUGGGAACUCAUAUGUGCCAUACCAGAAGUAGAAGACCUUGCCAAGCAUUCCUCUUCUAAGCACUCGCCUUGACAGGCAAGAGAUCAGCCUU